UGUUAGAUUGCAUGAAUCACUUCAUUUAGUCAUUGAUGCAGUAUACCGAAUCCGAAGCAACGCGUUGAAUACGCGGUUAUUUGCGCAGUUGUGUGAAGAAAAUGUCGAACACUUUCAUCAAUUACUCCUUCACACUGAAGUACGCUGGCUGUCGAAAGGCUUAUGUUUGACAAGAUUUUUUGCACUUUCUGAGACUAUUUUAGAAUUUCUGGAUACUAAAGAUAAAAUUUUAAAAGAAAAUUUAACGAAGAGGAAAACAGACAUCGCCUAUUUAACAGAUUUGUUUACAAAAUUUAAUAUGGUUAAUUUGCAAUUAUAAGGCGACAGUUUAAAUUUGAUCAAAACAAAGUCCAUCUUAUCAGCGUUUCUUGCCAGAGUUAAACUAAUGAAGCAAAAUAUUGGACGGGACGAAUUUUCUCAGUUCCCCAAUUUGUCACAGACAAGCUGCCAGGAAGACGACGUUUCAACUUACGUAGAACAUUUAAAUGCCCUCUAUUCAGAUUUUGAAUCUAGGUUUGAGGAUAUUUUGACUAUGGUAAUACCACCGUGGAUAAUUAAUCCAUAUGGUGACAUAGAAGAAACGAAUGUCAUAAUACAAGAGGAACUGACUGAACUAAGUACAAACGAAGAACUUAAGGUUCAGUUUAAAAACGGAUAUCAGCAAUUCUGGCUGCAAAACAACAUUCCCGUUACUUAUCCCAAUAUCGCGAGGAAAUUUUUAAUUUCCUUUCCAUCGUCAUACCUAGUGGAAAGGGGGUUCAGCGCUGUUACCAAUCUCCUAACGAAAAAAAGAAACAGACUGGACAUCGUUAGCCGAGGAGAUUUAAGAUUAACCCUUACAAAAUUGACGCCAAAUGUUGAUAAUUUAUUAUUAAAGCAUCAGGUUCAUCCUUCUCACUAA